AUGGUAGUAUUCGUACUUCUACCGCUUGCUUGUCGCGCCGGAAAGUUGAGUAUUUCGCGCAUACUUCUCCCUGUCGAUACUGGCACUCCGAGUUCAAUGGAGCUCCACGUCAUCGAAGGAGGGUGUUAUAAAUGGACUUCCUCCCGCCCCGAUUUAAUUGAGGUACGGAGUGAGCAAACUGGAUGUUCGACGAAGGCAUUUGUUGUUGGAGUUUCGAAAAAAGCUUCUCCCGCGACGGUGACCAUCGAAGCUAAAGAUCCCGAGACGGGACUCACGCUGCUAUGUCAGGCAGUUGUCCUGGACAUAGCCUCCAUCCACGUCAAAACUGUCGCCCGGGAACUUUAUCUUGACGACAACCCAGUUGCUUUCGAGAUCACCGCGUUGGACCAUCAAGGGAAUCAAUUUUCAUCGAUCAAUGCGUUAAGCUUUGAAUGGAGUGUCGAAGCUGACCAUUCUGCGGAUUCUUCUCCUUAUGGACGCGUUUUACGCUUUUUGACGUAUGCUGAGUCUCCCUACGAAGCGCCCGACGCGAACAUCCAAGAAAUGGAGAAGCACGGUUCAAGAGGUCAUGUGGUAUUGGUGGAAGCUCUUCAUGUUGGAUCUGCCGUGCUGAAGGCAAAGCUUGCUGACAGCGUUUUCAAAAACGUGGAACCCGUCAGUGUGAAAAUAUCAGUCAUUGCGAAUCUUGUCUUAAGUCCGAGCAUAUUUUACCUAGUGCCACAGUCGCGCGUUCAGCUCAAGCUGUCGCAGAUCAAACGGGGUCAGUUCAACGUCUUGCCCUUGCCUUCUGCGCAGUAUCAUUUCCAGAGCUCAAACAUGUCUGUUUGCGUACUGGACGAGGAUUUGGGAAUUGUGACUGCUCAAAAACUAGGAUCCUCUGAAAUCGUUCUAAAAAAUAUGAAGUACCCGGAAACCAUGCACCCGACAAUGUCUGUUCUGCAUGUCGUUUUGCCUGCCUACAUCUCUAUUGUCGCCGUUCCGAAAAGUUAUCCUGAAAGUGGCUCAUUCGCCUUUGUUGCCGGGGAAAUUUACGAAAUUAUUAUUGAAGUUUAUUCGAUGAACGAUCAACUGAUAUAUCCGAGUGAAGGACUUCAGGUCGACGUGGAUUUUCCACAUCAUUUUCGGGUAUUAUCGCGCACUUCCAAUGGAACGUAUUCUGUUAUUCAAGCGAAUGCCUUAGGUGCAUCUGAAAUCGUUGCCACUCUGAAUACGAAGAAUUUGGUGGCAAAUGGAAAUUACGAAGAGGUGACGGGAACUGCCAAGUACGAAGUUUUCUCCAGGGUUCAAAUCAAGCCCAAGAAAGUGAUGCUUCCGCACGACUCGUCUUCUGGAAACGUGUAUCAAAUAGCUUUUGCAGCUACUGGUGGCGAUGGACAGUACAACUGGAUUGCAAGAAACGGGUCACGACUGGCUGUUUCUGAACGGGGAAUAGCAAAGAUAUCUUCCUCCGCAUCCGACGGCGUUGUUGAAGUAACUAUGCUGAGAAAUUCGAACAACAAAGAUUCUGCUGAAAUUCGACUUGGUCCUGCCGUUGCAAUGGAAAUUCUCGGAGGUCCUCGGGAAGCAGUGAUCGGUUCGAAACUUCAACUUUCGGUUGCCUUGUAUCCAACGAAGAUAACGUCUUCUGCGAUCACUUUCACACAGUGCCAGUUUUUCCCUCUUGACGUGACUACUUCAGAUCCGGAACAUUUUACCAGUGGUGAACCGCGAUCCUCGGAAUCCAGCGUCGGAUCUGCAUGUUCCCUCAUUGAUAUUGAAGGUUCUGUGGUUGGGUUCCCGACUGUAUCGAUUGCUGGAAGAACAGUAGAAAACGCCCUAUUGAAGUCAUCGACAGUCGUCGGAUUCUUUGAGAAACUACGGUUGAAGGACCAUCAGGAAAUUGUGCUUGCAAUUGCAUCCAAGUUCAACUUGAAAUUCGUCGGAGGACCUCAUCCGUGGGUCGCAAAUCCUGGUUAUCAUUAUGCGAAGGCGACGUCAGGCAAUGAGUCGUUGUUGGCUGUCAAAAAAUCGGCAACUGACAUUGGGAUGGGAGAUUACAGUGUUGAAUUAGCCUGCUUAGAUCUGGGGGAAACUACCAUUACGCUUGUUGUUGGGAAUUUGCCUUCGAAAUCGUUGCCGAGUCCCGUGGAAGAUUCCGUCACGGUGAAAAUAUUUUGCGAAGUUCCAAAAUCGGUUGAACUGAGCAUCGAUCAAAACCAAGCGAACGUCGCCAGGGGCUUAUGUCCAGUGAUGGCUUCUUCUGGCAAAGUAUCUCCUCCGACGGUUCCUGCAUUUUGUUCCGAGACGACGAAUUUCAUCGCAAGAGUUCUGGAUUCGCAAGGAAGACAGUUCACUUCCGUGUCUUCGCUGGGUAUUCAUUGGACUGCCUCGUCGAAUUCGAAGCAAUUGAAACUUGGAACCGAGUCUGGAACUUUGGGCGAGGAGAAGAUGGUUGGGGUUUUGAAAAAUUCUCUCAUUCCUGGUGGUUCGCCUGGCCAAGUGACGGUGCAAAUCAUAAUUGAAAGCUACAGAUCAGACAGCUCAGUUGGGAAAGUUCACUGGCGGGAGUACGCCCCAAUGACGGCAGCACUGGCUCUGAAUCUCGUCGAAAGGGUGUCAUUGAUGCCGUCGAAAGUUUCCAUCUUUAACCACCCCAUGAACGUCGCCAAUAUUGGAAUUCGUGGAGGUUCUGGAGUUUUCAACGUGACUUCCCAAUGUUCAGAUUUGGUGGCGAAGCUGAAUCAGCAGCUACGUGUCAUCGAUUUAACUCCAGUCCGCGAUGGCGCUUGUGAAGUUAAGAUUGUGGACUUGUGUUUGCCUGCUGAGUCAUCGGCAGUGGUUUCAGUGUCCGGGGUGGGAAGGAUUGAAUUGCAGUCUGUGUCCAAAGUGGAGGUUGGCAAUUCCGUCCUUGCAUCUGCCACGAUUUACGACAAACGAGGAUUUUUGAUUGAGGGUGAAUCUCUCUCAUUUUUGAAGCUUAAACCGUUGUUGAGCGGAAAUUUCUUGAGAGUGGAAAUUUCUCCCUUGGAGAAGCACUCUUCUGAAUUUUUGUUGAAGAUCGAUGGUCUUGCAAUUGGCCAAGCGACACUAGCUUUGGAAGCGGGCAAUUUGAAGUCCAAUUCAGUUAACAUCAACGUUUUCCCUGCUCUGAAGUUGGUGCCAAGAAACAUUACCCUCGUCCCAGGAUCUAUUUUACAAGUUGAAGCAACCGGUGGACCGAGCCCUGCAGGUGCACUUCAGUUCUCUAUCAAGGAUGUGCAUCGGGAGAAAAACGACAGGAGUAAUCUUCCGGUGGCAACCGUGACGGAUUCCGGAAUAGUCAAAGCGCAUCGUUUAGGAAUAGCUUUGCUGCGAGCUGAGUCUCAUGGAAUGGAAACAACUUCGACCCGAUCGGCGAGUUCCAGUGAUGAUAGGUUGACAGUGUACUCAUUUCACGAAAUUUACGUGCACGUUGUAAACUUGACGGGAAUUUUCCUUCACGUUCCUGUCGAAACCUUGGAACUAGGAUCCGAAAUGCCGGCACUUGUGAUUGGGCACCGGGAUUUCAGCAAGCUGACGCCGAUGGUUUUUGGUGCGUCGAAUCCCGAGCUCCGGGUCGAGUGGUCGGUCGUGCCAAGUGCUGCUGCUGUCGUUCUGAGUGGUCCUUUGUCGAAUGCGAAUAUUCGCGACGUGGGCGAUGUGAAUCGAUUUGCUGUUCGAGUCCAUGCCGUCGCGCCGGGGGAAGUUCAGCUCCGUGUCACUGUCAAGUCUCUAGUGGCAUCGAAUGACCGCCAUUCGAACCAAAUCUACAUGAACAGAGUUCUUCAAGAAGUGGUAAAAAUCACAGUCGUGGAUCAUCUUCUUUCACAUCCACCUUCCAGCCCUGGAGCAGCAAUUUUCAUAACCCCGAAUACGCGUCUGGUGCUGCAAUCGAACAAAAUUGCAAAUGAGAAAGUGCAAUUCUUCCCAAAGGACUCCUUGGAUGCGGCGGCAUUGACGUCCGAUGGCGUGUUGACGACUGGCUCGCAGAGCCUUGAGACCUUGGCGCUGUUGAAGGACUCCACUCAUCGUGCAGUUGCUCUCCUCAUCUCGAUAAAACCGUAUCACUAUUUGAUGGCCUCUGCAAGUCGUCGCUUGCGAGUGGACAGUAUCGGUGACGUUCACAGCAUCCCUGUUGGUCAUCAAGUCAACCUGCAAAUUAGCUUUCGGGACGAGCUUGGUCGUCAAUUCCACGCCGUGACAGCAUCGGUUCGACAUCAAUUGUCGCGUUACGACGUAGCUAGGGUGUUGUGGGCCACCACGAAAGAGGAUAACAAGACGGACCCGAAUGUGCUGCUCGUUGAAUGUUUGAAACGAGGUGAAGCUGUGCUGCAUGUGUGGGAUGCCAAUGAUCCGAAAAUGGAGGAUUUUGCACGGAUUUCUUGCGACUCGUUCAUAGCCCCUAUUGAAAUCACUGCGACGGUUGGAGACGCGGUUUGCUUUGAUUCGCCUCUGCUGUUUAGUGGUCGUCCUGGGUCUUGGACCUCGUCUUCUGAUCGCAUCUUAUUUGUAUCGCGGAAAGAUGGAGUAGGAGUUGCCAAAGAGCCUGGAAAGGUUGUGAUUUACUAUGGUGGUGUUGACGGGGAAGCGAAAACUCACGUGACCUUGGAUGUACUUCCACCUUCUGAAAUCAAACUUGUCCAGGAUCCUCAAAUCAGAGGCUUGAGUCUUGCUGUGAAUGCCGUGGUGGAGAUCCCGAUUCAAGUUACACCGAGUGGUUUGGUCAGUGAAAAAAGUCUCCGUACGAAGUUCUGCACGGACGACAAAGUUGCUCCAUCUGUCCCUCAUGUGCCAUUCACUUGCCACGGGAAGUUCGAUCGGUCUUUUUCGAGCACCUCGCUGAAGCUGGACUCAUUUUUCGGCGUGAAAGCCCGACUGAACCCGAUUGUUGGAGGAGUCGAGUGUAUCGUGAGUCGUCGCGAAGGUCUUGGUAUAGUCGAGAGCGAAGAACUGGCCAGAUUGAAUCCAGUUAUUCUUGUGUGGGCCACGUUGGACGGGAGGAACGAGCUGGUGUCCAAUGAGGUCGAGUUGCCAUUGUAUCCCGCGUUCACUGUGAAUGCUGGGCUGUCGAUUUCCAGUGGAGACACAACUGCAAUAUUGAACAUCACAGCGACCGAGAGGGUCUUCGCCAGUAUCGUGGUGACUCCUUCAAAUGAAAAUUAUUUAGAUGUUCGACCAGUCACAAAGGAUCCUUUCGGCGCAUUUUGGUUGAUUCCUGUUCAUGUUACGUCUGCUUACUGGAAGAAAGUUGGACUGGAGCAGACGCCAUUGAGCAUUUCGCUCACCUCUCCACUUACUGGUCAGCGACUGAUUGUUCCCGUAGAAAUAGUUCUCGUGGGAUCAGAUGCGGAAGCAAUUCGCAAGUGUGCCAUACGUGACACGGGCUCUUGGCUGGAAUCCGGUUUCAACUCGUUGCUCGUGUCGAACGUUUUGUUCGUCGGUGAGGCGGUGUUGGUGGUGGUGCUCAUCUUUGUUGCCUACCAGUUCCUGGUGGUUGGUCGGUGGGGAGCAGCGCCGAUGUCUGCAGCCCAGACUUCUUUUGUGUCGCCGAGUUGGUCACCAGGAAGAGGCGGCGGUGGUGGCGGCUCUUCGCCGUCGCAGGUGAUGCAGAGCCCCGUUGCCGGAAGCGCGAGUUAUUACGCGGGCACCCCGCUGUUCGGGAGCGCAAGAAAGCGCAACUUGUAUCCGGUUGCUAGUCCUUCGGGCGGGUUCUAGUUUUAUUUUUGUUCUGUUUGAUUACUGGAUGUGCAGUACUUAGUUGAACUUUUCGAGCUUUAUUCCGAAGACCGAAUCGAUUGUUUGCAGUGAGAGUGAGGUCGUCGUCGAAUGUUUACCGUACGCCCUUCUGCAUCGAGUUCAAGACUCGAGUACAGUAGUUGAAUUUUGCCAGAAUUGAGUAUGUUCUCGAUUUACUCUGUUUUUAGGGGGUGGGGGUGUACACUGUGUUGAUGACUUCCGUCAUCACUCGAAAAUUUUCAAUUGCGAAAUACUGUAUUUGCCCUAUCAUGAUGCUUCGUUAAAGACAUUCUCGUCUCCUAAAUUCAAUAUUUUCCGGUGAGCCGAAAACUUGAAAGCGUUUUGCCAAGACGUUGGCUGCUGUGAAAGGUCUUCAAGAAUUUUUUUGUUUUUUAUAUUAGAUUGAUCGCUCUUUGUGUACGAGAAAUAACAGAAGUUGCCAUGAUGUUCAUCUGUGUUUGGCAUCCGAAUUUUUGAUUUUUUGUACCAGACUUCUUUCGAAAAGAAGAGUUGUUGAUUCGAAUUCGGCGCUGAUGUGAUGGCAUUGUGCUUUUGUUAUGGCAAGUUUUUUUACGGAUGAUGGCAGCGAUUUCCCGUUGACUUAUUUUGCACUGCUUCGAUGAUCCGUAAUUUUCGUGAUUGUUCAUAGUUGUCGUUCGUGAAGGAGGCAGGGAGUGCCGUGCACUUCGCUGGCUACGUUCCUUCUCGCUGUGUUAUGAUCUGUAUUUGAAGAAUUCUUCUAGAACUCAUCUAAACUGUGCAAAAAAGGGGGGAAAUGCACCUGUACCAGUUGUCUCGCAUAACGGUUUGCUGCCAUCCAGUUGAUGCAUAAAUGCAGAUUCGAUGCAAUUUCCGUUUCUC